CCCAAUCUUCUCCGCACAAUUCUCGGCAUUAUAACAAUCGCGGCGGAGGCCGGUUACGUUAUCGGAGUUGCCGAAUUAAAUGAGCUUCUAAGCGUGAGAACUUUCAUCGCUUCCAAUCUCCCAUCUGAAGAGUUCAUCGAAUUCUUCAAAAUAAUUCUUGAAGGGGAAACCCUUUGGAAUUCCUUCACUCUCGAACGAUUCAUAGAGGCUAACCACAGACUCAGGAUGAGUCCGCCUGGUCAUCUUCACCAAAUUCCUCCCCCUCCCUCAACUCAGGGAAUGUCAUCUCGGGCCCUUGCGGCCAAGCGAAAGUUGCUUUCCAAGCCGAUGGCUGAAGCUUGCGAAGAGAAGAAAAAGUUUCUCGCGACUUCUAUUGACAAGAAGGACUAUAGUAGGACCUUGCUGGUCGAUGAUGGCAGUACUGAGGGAGCUCGAUCUGUUGCUUCCUUCAGAUUAACUCCUCGUCGAGAUCGUCGCGACUCACGUUCUCCUCGGAGGGAUCGAUCUCCUCGCCGUGAUUCACCUCGUCCUUCCCGGGAUGAUUUUAGUAACGAGCCAAUUAAGAACUUGGUUCGCCGAAAGAGAGACAGGUCCUCUCGUAGUGAUCUUUCCCCGCAGAGGGAAAAGUCAAGGACCCGGACUGACCGCUCACCUCGGUCAUCCCCUCCUUCUGAACCAAUGGGUCCUCCACGACCGGUUGACAUGUCUUCCUCUUCCCAGCCUGAUAGUGGAAAGACCGCCCGGAGCGCGCUCAAAGCGAAUUUAACGACAUGA